AUGACGGCGUAUCUGUCCGUCUGUCUCUGCACCACCAGCCUCGGACUCUAUUCUCAGGGGCUGCAUGGCUCGUCUCUGAGAGCCAUCGCGCUGCUGACUCGCCUUGAAUUCAUUGACCUGGAGAGCAACGCCUUUCACUGCCACCUGCCCAAAACCUUCUCCCGCCUCCUGCACCUCACCUACCUGGACGUUUCCAAGAACCUUCUUUACGGCCCGCUGCCAGACUUCUCUCACCUGCCUCUAGAGCGCCAUUCCUGCCCGCCCUCACAUCUCGCCUCACUCGUCUGCUGCACCUGGGCCUGCACAGAAACCAGCUCUCAUCUCAUGAGACCUUAUGAACCCAAGUUCCUUCCCCCUCGUGUCCUCCGCUCCCUUCUCUCCCCUCCGCUCCCCUCUCUCUCCUCUGCUCCCCUCUCUCUCCUCUGCUCCCCUCUCUCUUCUCUGCUCCCCUCUCUCUCCUCUGCUCCCCUCUCUCUCCUCUGCUCCCCUCUCUCUCCUCUGCUCCCCUCUCUCUCCUCUGCUCCCCUCUCUCUCCUUUGCUCCCCUCUCUCUCCUCUGCUCCCCUCUCUCUCCUCUGCUCCCCUCUCUCUCCUCUGCUCCCCUCUCUCUCCUCUGCUCCCCUCUCUCUCCUCUGCUCCCCUCUCUCUCCUUUGCUCCCCUCUCUCUCCUCUGCUCCCCUCUCUCUCCUUUGCUCCCCUCUCUCUCCUCUGCUCCUCAGGCGCCAUCCCUGCUGCCCUCACUGCGCGCCUCACUCGCCUGCUGCAUCUCGGCCUGCACAGCAACCAGCUGUCAGGCGCCAUUCCGCCCCUCGACCAGCUGAAGCAGCUAGCAACACUCCAGCUGGCCUUCAACCCCUUCACACCAGCGCCCCUGCCCCCGUCCAUCCCUCGCCUCACCUCCCUCGUUCUCGUCCUCGAUCUCUCCGCCACCAACCUCCGGGGUCCCCUUCCCGACCUCUCCGCUCUCGUCGGCGUCUCCGAUCUGCUCCUCGAUUUCAACGGCCUCGAUGGGCCGUUGAAUCCCAUGUACUUGCCAUCUGGACGGCUAGGAUUCUUCUCAGGUGGGUACACGCCCAUAGGCAUCACCAACCUCCAGGGGCCGCUCCCCGACGUCUCUGCUCUUGUCGGCAACUCCGAUCUGCUCCUCGAUUUCAACGGCUUGGAUGGGCCGUUGGAUCCAUUCUUCUUGCCCUCUGGACGGCUGGGAUGUUUCGCAGCCCACAGCAACAACUUCUCCGGCCCCAUCAGCCCCCACCUAGCCACCCCCCUGGCGUCGCCCAUCUUCUCCAUUCUCGACUCGGGUCUCAUCCUCGCCAACAAUUCCUUUUCGGGCAGGCUGCCGGGCAGCCUGGGCAGGCUGGUGCAGUCGUACGUGGUUGACGUGUCGCACAACCAUUUGUCGGGCCGCAUUCCUCCUUCCUUCGGCACACUGUACCAGCUCACUCGUUUCCUCCUCAACGACAAUGCAUUCACCAGCGCCAUCCCCACUGAGCUGGGCAUAGCCACUGGCCUCAGGGUGUUACGGCUCGCUGGUAACCGCCUCUCUGGCACUGUACCUGCCACGUUCACAGCCCUGACUCGCCUCCAGGAACUCGACCUGAGUCGAAACCACCUCGUGGCUUCCCUCCCCGACCUCUCCACCUCCCUGCACCGCCUCACACUCCUCAAUACCUCUCGCAACUUCCUCUCAGGGCCCCUGCCCUCCCACCUCCCUGCCUCCCUCCUCUCCCUCGAUCUCUCCAACAACUUUUUCUCGGGCAGCCUGCCCGGGUCUUCGGAUUGGCUGCCUAAAAAUGCAACUGCCCGACUGCAUGGGAAUUGCCUGCAGCUGCCAUCCUGCCCUGUGCCUCCGAACCUGAGGUCCAGCUUUGGUGCGAAGCUGAGAGACAGCUUCGGGCCGAACCUGAGAGCUGGUUCGGCGUGCUGGCUGGCGAGGCAGCGCUCGGAGGGGCAGUGUGCUUCGUUCUGUGGAGCCAAUGAGAGUGUGACACGUGUCUGCAGGUGA